CAGAGCGCGUGCGCUGACGCGUCUGGCAAACGGUCAGUGCCGACAACAGUCGCGCAGGAAACUCCGCCCUGUUGACAACACACGCGCCGCUCUCACAGCGCAAUGGUCUCCUGGAUUAUUUCUAGGCUUGUGGUGCUCAUAUUUGGUACCCUUUACCCCGCAUACUCCUCAUAUAAAGCUGUUAAAUCGAAAGAUGUGAGAGAAUAUGUGAAAUGGAUGAUGUACUGGAUAAUAUUUGCACUUUUUACUACAGCUGAAGUGAUUACUGAUAUAUUUUUAUGCUGGCUCCCUUUCUACUAUGAGCUCAAAAUCACCUUUGUGGUGUGGUUACUUUCCCCAUAUACAAAGGGAUCCAGUGUGCUGUAUAGGAAAUUUGUGCACCCGACACUGUCCUCUAAGGAGAAGGAUAUCGAUGAGUAUCUUUGCCAAGCAAAAGAUAAAAGCUAUGACACUUUGAUGCAUUUCGGGAAGAAAGGCUUGAAUGUGGCGGCAACAGCUGCAGUAAUGGCUGCCUCCAAGGGCCAGGGUGUUCUCUCCGAGGGGCUUCGGAGUUUCAGCAUGCAGGACCUGUCGUCUCUCCAGGCAGAGGGCCAGACAAAAACCCAGAGUUCUUUAACUACUCAACCUGCAGCUGUGCAGAACAGAACACGCACCACAAUGCGCAGCAAAUCAGAGACUGUAUACAGCAAGGGCCAUGAUUUUGACAUGACCGAUUAUGAGGUCUUGAACUUGGAACAAUGCACCUCUAAGGAGCCUCCUUGUCCUCUGACAUCCACACCUACUCCCACUCCAUCUGAGCCCCUCACGACUCCAGCACAUGCCAACAAUACUCCGGUGCUUUCACCCCCUGAGUUCUGCCAGGAUAAACCUGCACUCCAUCCUUCUUCUCCACCUGUAGCCAAGGAGGAGCCUCAGGAUAGGGGGAAGGAGGGAUUUGCCACUUGUGGCUCACCCCAGCUCAGAUUUAAGAGGCGUGCCCCAGAGCCUCCUCCUAGAACCCUACGACCUGUGACCAACUCCAGAUCAAGGAAUGCCCUCACUUCAUACACUGAAGCCAUGUGACUAUACAUAUGCUCCGAGAGUGCUUUAGCUCUCUUUCCUGCAACAUGAGUGGACGCAAAAAGAGACGGCAGAGAAAAAAAGAGGAAUGCAGCCAAAAUGUUAAAAUAUACAAAAGCAGCCUUGCUCUUUAAUGAGGUAACUAAAGCGAUGUGCAAACCUUUCGCUUCAGAUCUUUGACACCCAAGGGGGAGGGGCAUCCACUGAGGUAACACAUACUAUAUGUGUACAUACUGCUGCACUGAGACUUGUCGGGGGUUAUCGAACUUGUUUUGUACAUAUUUAUUGUGUGUCUGAGUGUAGAUUUUGGUAUGAUUUUGGGAGAAAUAAAUGCAUGCAUGUCAUUUUGGUUUUGUGUUUUGAGACCCCUCAUACCAUAACCCCCCACCAACCAUACAUCUUAGUAGAAAUGUCUACAUCUAGAGAAGCAAAAUUAAAAUAUAUUAAGCUUUGUUUUCAGAGAAUAUAUCUUGACCCCAUUGGCAAAUUUGGAUGUUUUUUCAUACUUUUUCUCCCCAAUUUUGGAAUGCCCAACUCCCAAUGCACUCUAAGUCCUUGUGGUGGUGUAGUGACUCGCCUCAGUCCAGGUGGCGGAGGACGAGUUGCCGUGCAUCUUAUCACAUGGCUUGUUGAGCGUGUUACAGCAGAGACAUAGCGCAUGUGGAGGCUUCACGCUAUUCUCCACGCCAUACAAGCACAACUCACCACAAACCACACUAAGAGCGAGUACCACAUUAUAGUUACCACAAGAAGGUUGCCCCAUGUGAGUCUACCCUCCCUAGCAACCAGGCCAAUUUUGUUGCUUAGGAGACUUGGCAGGAGUCAUUCAGCAUGCCCUGGAUUUGAACUCGUGACUCCAGGGGUGAUAGUCAAUGUCAGUACUCACUGAGCUACCCAGGCCCCCUAUUUCUUCUUGUUCUUAAGCAUAAACCUCACUAAAUUGUGUUAGAUUUAUGCUUACAACAAUAAAAAAAACUACUUACCAACAGGGUAAAAAAAAAAAAAAACAAGUUCUGAAAAAAAUUCUGAAAACAAGUCUUAAAGGAAUAGUCCACCCAAAUUCUCACCCUCAUGCCAUCCCAGAUGUGUAUGACAUUCUUUCUUCUGCAGAACACAAAUAAAGAUUUAAAAAAAAAAAAGAUCUCAGCUCUGCAGGUCCAUAUAAAGCAAGUGAAUGGUGACCAGAACUUCGAAGCUCCAAAACGCACAUACAGGCAGCAUAAAAGUAAUCCAUACAACUCCAGUGGUUAAAUCCAUGUCUAUUAAAAUGAUGUAAUAGUUGUAGUUGAGAAACAGAUCAAUAUUUUAUAUCUUUUAUAAUAAAUCUCCACUUUCACUUUCCUCUUCUUUUGUUUUAUUGGCGAUUCACAUUCUUCGUGCAUAUCGCAACCUACUUGUCGGGGCUGGUCAAAGUAGUAGAUUUAUUGUAAAAAUGUACUUAAAUAUUGAUCUGUUUUUCACUCACUCCUAUCAUAUUGCUUUUGAAGACAUGGAUUUAAUAACUGCAGUAUGGAUUAAUUUGAUGCUGCCUUUAUGUGCUUUUUUGGAGUGUCAAAGUUUUGGUCACCAUUCACUUGCAUUGUAUGGAGCUACAGAGCUGAAAUAUUUGUGUUCUGCAGAAGAAAGAAAUUCAUACACAUCUGGGAUGGCAUGAUGGUGAUUAUAUUAAUUUUGGGGUGAACUAUUCCUUUAAUAUCUUGCAAUUUUGCUUCUCAAGUAAAUGUAUCUUCAUUAUUAUUAUUCAAGGAUGUUUUGAUAUUUUUACUUAAAAACUAGACAAAAUGAUUGAUUAAGGAAAUUAUUUUCUAGUUUAUGAACAUACAGGAAUGUAUCUUUUUCUUUAGGGAGCUGAUUACAACUACAGUACUAAGUAGCAAUGAGUGUUUCUGAGACCGUCUUUCUUAAAAUAGUCGUUCUAAAUGAACAUUUACUGCACUGAUAAGGUUGGUGUGUUUGAUUGCAAACAUAACAUUUAUUUAGUGAUUUUUGUAUCAACAAAGGUUUUUCUGCUGAGUGUGACCUUUGAAUACAAGCUUCUAGUUCAAUAAUAAUAAUAAAAAAGUAUUGAUGGAAAUACCAUUUAUGACGUUGUGCACCUAAAAUGAUUUAUUAUGUAAAAUGGAUGGACAAUGUGUAAUGAACUAACAGUAAAUCAACCACAAAAUGUACAAUAGUAAUUGUGCUGUUAGAUUUAGAUAAAGCUGCUCAACAAACAUUUCUUAAAGGCAAAGUUAACCCAAAAAUGAAAAUUCAGUCAACAUUAUUUACCCUUAUGUCACUCCAAACCUGUAUGGUUUCUGUCUUCUGUGGUACAUGACAAUUGAAUUUUUAAAGAAUGUACUGGUCUCAGUUUAAUUUCUAUAGUAGUUGUCUUUUAAAACCUGUUCAGUUACUUGAUGUUGCAUGCACUCACAUGAAAUGUUGACAAUCUGAAUGUGUCCCAUAUCUUUGAGCAUCUUCAGUAUUACUGUUAAAGCACCAAAUCAGAGUUGAGUAGGCAUUAGUGCUGCUGUGCCGCCCGCCUCUGUGACAUUCAUGCUACAGAGAAACACAAACAUAGAGAGAGUUCUUCACUCACUGUAGAGUAGCUCUAGUAGCAUUCAAACAUCCAGUUAUAUGGGGGAAUCAAAUAACUUCCUGUUUGAUCCUAGAAAGGUCAAAUCACUGUGAGAUAACUGUAUCACAGCUUAGUGUUGUAUCAUUUCUAAUCACAGUUGUGUGUAUCACAGUAACUUGGAGCUGUAGAUUCCUUGUAUGUCAUGGAGAGGGCAGCAGAGUAUCAACUGAUUUAAAGGCAUGUUUCAAGAUCCACAUUUGGAUCCUGGAACACUUGAUAUUCUAUAUUUAGUUUGAGAGUGUGACAAAGUGUUUUAGACUGUGAGAAUGUAAAUCCAGAUCUCACAAACAUGCCUUGUAGAAUCAAAGGUGUGAAAUCUUGUAACUCUUCUUAUGAAAUAUUUCUUUAGAGUAGUUAUAUCAAACUUCAUAGACACAGUGUCUGCCUCAGGAAUACUUUUUGCCAUUAUAUUACAAUUAUGUUUUUGGAAUAGUGCUCAGAAAUUGUGGAUGAAUUUAGCGAGGCAAUGUCUGGAUUUUAUUUCACUCUUAAAUCAAAAGAAAAUUGUAUUUGGCAAUAAAUGAAAUGAAAAUAGUUUUUUUAAGAUUUUCUUUUUUUCCUGUUUGCAUUAAAACAAUUUUUUUUUUCUUCUUUGUAGCAUUAUGGUAAUGAUAAUGUUGGUGGUAUGUAAAGAGAUAGUUCACCCCAAAAAUGAAAAUUCUCUCAUCAUUUACUCACCCUCUUGCCAUCCCAGAUGUGUAUGACUUUCUUUCAUCUGCUGAACACAAAUGUAGAUUUUAGAAGAAUAUUGCAGCUCUGUAGGUCCUUACAAUGCAAGUGAAUGGUGUCCAGAACUUUGAAACACCAAAAUGCACAUAAAGGCAGCAUAAACGUAAUCCACAUGACUCCAGUGGUUUAAUCCAUGUCUUCAGAAGUAAUAUGAUAGGUGUGGGUCCUAUUUUAUUUUAUUUACUAUAAAUUUACACUUUCACAUUCAUCUUUUUUUUUUUUUUUGGUCGAUUUUUAUUCUCGGCACGAGAGUAAACGAGAUAAUGUUUCAUUUUUGGAUGAGCUAUCCCUUUAAUUAUGAAAAUAAUGUCAUGACACAAAUAAAUCUUAAAAUGGUCUUAAAUUUAUAAUAAUUUUAUCCCUUUUGAUUUUGAGGUCAUGUGUGACUAUUGUGCUCAAAGGACGGAUGGCAUCUGGUUUCCUGGCUUCAUAUUUUUCAAUCUUGCCAGAGAGAUAAAAAUGCAGCAGUUUCUUUCUGUGACAUUGGUAUGAUUUUAAAGUGCUCUGUAUGGAACCAUCUUUGGCUUUGUACACCAUAUAAAAAUGUUGACCAUUGCCGAAUUGUUUCUUUGAAUAAUCAAGUCGUUAAAGGCACAACCUUUGACAUUUCUAACCAUGGAAAGUCCAAUUGAGUUGUUGAAUACAUUUCUGUCAUUCAGUGGGAAAAUAUAUGAAAUACAAAUAUGAACUUACCCAAUUUAAUAUCUACCAAAUUGUGCAAAAGAUUCAUAUGAAUCUUAUGAAAUUUGGACUAUGGAUCUAUGUUGGAAAUGUUAAACUAUGAUAGAGAAACAUUUUUAAAUGUAUGCUUAAUCAUGCCAGAGGAUGAUAUGAUUAAAUUCAUGGACUUAAGAAAAGGCUGUGCCUUUAAAGUCUAUAACAGUCCUGGGUUUCUGUUAAAAACAUUUAAAAAAAGAAAUGACUUAUUUUUGCCUGAAAUGAUUGUUUGCAUUAGGUUGUUCAGACCACGUUUUAAUGUAGCUAAAAAAAGACUUGAGAAAAGGGUGUCAAGAUGUUUUCUUAAAAUAUAACAGCUUGCAGUAUCUCCUUAGUAAAGUAUUUCCAUAUUUCACCGCUGUCAUGUCUGGCAGGCCAGAAUAUAUCUCAUUGUUCAAGGUCCUUUAUGGAGAGUGAAAAAGACAGAAGUUGAUGUAAAACAGUGAAAUGAUCUCUGUUGAAAAACCUCCAAAUGUAUUGCGUUCAGCUAUUAAAAGGUGA